GGAUCCGAGUCAGACAUAAAGAUAGGAUAGCACAUAUCAUUAAUCAGCAAGCUCCACACAUAUAAGCCAUUAACGCCACCUAUGUUAGCCAUUUAGGCAUUGAGAUAUCCUCUCUUUCUCUCUUUCCAUCCUCCACACUUAGACUUGAGACUUCAUAGUGUCAUUGCGAAUUUUAGCGAGGAAUGUUUGGUAAAAUGGGGGUGUCCUUCCUUUCAACUUUCCCUUCCAUGCUUCCACUUGUUCCUGUCCCUUCUCUCUCUGCUACUCGAUAUCCCACUCAGGCAGUUACAAUUCGUUGCAAUAAAAUGGAAGCUGAAAUUUGUGAUGAAAAUGGGUUCCGACGCAGGGACAUCCUUAAAUGCAUUGGUGCCACGGUUGGCAUGGAAUUGAUUGCAAGCUCAGGAAAAUUUGUUGAAGAGGCUUGUGCUGCUGAUUUGAUACAGCGAAGACAGCGUUCUGAACUUCUUUCGAGCAUUAAGGGAACUCUUUCAACAGCAAUAAAUGGUAAACCAGAUCUUAUCCCAUCCAUACUUACUUUGACACUGAAUGAUGCCCUUACUUAUGAUAAGGCUACCAAAUCUGGAGGCCCAAAUGGAUCCAUAAGAUUCAGCUCAGAGAUAAGCAGACCUGAAAACAAGGGACUUUCUGCUGCUUUGGAUUUAAUAGAGGAAGCAAAGAAAGAGAUAGAUUCUUUCUCCAAGGGUGGACCCAUUUCCUAUGCGGAUCUUAUCCAAUAUGCAGGUCAAGCUGCAGUUAAAGCUACCUUUUUAGCUGCUGCCAUUCGCAAAACUGGUGGCAAUGAAGAAAAGGGAAAAUUAUUAUAUACUGCAUAUGGUUCAAAUGGGCAGUGGGGCUUGUUUGAUAAGCAAUUUGGGAGGACAGAUGCUCAGGAAGCUGAUCCAGAGGGAAGGAUUCCUCAAUGGGACAAAGCAAGCGUUAAGGAAAUGAAAGACAAAUUCUCUGCUGUUGGCCUCGGUCCACGCCAGCUAGCUGUAAUGUCUGCAUUCUUGGGUCCUGAUCAGACAGCCACAGAGACCUUACUGGCCUCAGAUCCGGAGGUUUUGCCUUGGGUUCAGAAAUAUCAGCAAAGCCGAGAGACGGUUUCUCAGACCAAUUAUGAGGUUGAUCUGAUAACUACCCUCACAAAAUUGAGUACCUUGGGCCAACAAAUUAACUCUGAGGCAUACACAUAUCCUCCCCAAAAAGUUGAUAUCACCAAACUCAAAUUAUAGAGAGAAAGCAGGCCCCCAUGUCCAUGCCAUGCUUUAUCAACACAACGUAGAGUCGUCAACUAGUUUUUUUACUUAUUUUUUGGAGCUAAAACUUUUCAUCUGAACAGUGUAUCUCUGUAAGCUUUUAAUCUCUGGAGAUUGUGUCUCUUAUGGAUGCCAAAUACUCAACUGGUGGCUAGAUUACAUAAAAAUGGGUAACAAUAAGUUGACUAUA